GCCCCCAGGCCGGCGGAACCCGAGGUGCGCGGGCCGCUCGCCGCCCGGAGCGUGGAGGGGAGCGCGCCGCCCCGCCGGAAGUGACCGCCCGGUCCCGGGGAGCGUGGCGGGAGCCCCCGGAGCGGUCAUGGAGCAGACUCAGCCGGACGCCGAGUCCGACGACGCCAUGGACGCGUUCCUGGAAAAGUUCCAGAGCCAGCCCUACCGCGGCGGCUUCCGCGAGGACCGGUGGGAGGAGGAGUUCGACAAGAUCCCGCUCUUUAUGAAGGAGGCGCCGUCGGAAAUCGAUCCCCAGCAGAACCCGGACCUGGCUUGCCUGCAGUCCCUCAUUUUCGACGAGGAGAGGUCCCCGGAAGAACAGGCCAAGACCUAUAAAGAUGAGGGCAAUGAUUAUUUUAAAGAAAAGGACUAUAAAAAGGCGGUGGUUUCCUACACUGAAGGACUGAAGAAGAAGUGUACAGACCCGGAUCUGAACGCUGUCCUUUAUACCAACCGGGCCGCAGCCCACUUCUACCUUGGCAACUUUCGUUCUGCUCUCAAUGAUGUGGCGGCUGCGAGGAAGCUGAAACCGAACCACCUCAAGGCCGUAAUCAGAGGUGCCUUAUGCCAUCUGGAACUAAAGAACUUUGCUGAGGCUGUGAGCUGGUGUGAUGAGGGGCUACAGAUAGAUCCUAAGGAGAAGAAGCUUCUAGAAAUGAGAGUUAAAGCCGACAAGCUGAAGCGAACCCAGCAGAGGGAUAUGCGGAAAGCGAAGGUGACCGAGAAGAAGGAGCAGAGUAAGAACGAGGCUUUACUCCAGGCCGUCAAGGUGAGAGGCAUCAGGCUCGCCGCUGAGGCUGCUGGCGAGGAGGAAGACUCGGACUCAGAAAGCCUCGGCGAGCUCUGCCUGGACGGGCUUGGCUCGGAGAACCCCUGCGGAGCCAGGCUGAGCAUGGAUGAGCAGGGCAGGCUGAGCUGGCCUGUGCUCUUCCUGUACCCAGAAUAUGGCCAGUCAGACUUCAUCUCUGCUUUUCACGAGGACUCCAGGUUUAUUGAUCAUCUAAUGGUGAUGUUUGGUGAAUUGCCGUCUUGGGACUUGGAGCAAAAAUACCGUCCUGAGAAGUUAGAGGUCUACUUUGAGGCUGCAGACGGGGCGGAGCUGUACCGGGUGCCCCUGCAGAGCACCCUGCUGCCCGUGCUGCAGCACCCCAGGUAUCACGUCAGAGCGCUCACGCCCACCUUCCUGGUCUGCGUGGGCACCUCGCCUUUCUGCAGGAGUUACCUCGAGGGCAGAAAGGUGCGCCAGGUGAAGUGACUGCACGGGGCUGUGGGUUGGUGUCCCCAAGCCCGCCCUCAGCACCCUGGCAGCUGCUGGCAGUGCUUCUGGGACCCUCCUUCCUGCCAUGGGGACAGUCCCCCUGCGCCGUCUCGUGCUGUCUGUUUUGAGUGCCACCUCGGACUCACUGCCAGCUGUGUGCCGCCUCUGAAGGGACCAUGGGCGGCAGUCAGCACAGCAGCUGGCUUGACGGACUCAGGACCCAGUACCAGGACUGAGCCUUGGUCCAGACACACACACGGCCUUGCGCAAAUCGGGGCAUUCAUGGCGAGGCUCCCACCUGCGUCCCGAGCACGGAGGACUGCCCUCUGCCCUCGGGAGCUGUUGGUGCCCAGGCGGGCUGACUCCGGCCUCUGCAGUUACACAUCUCCAGGGCUCCCAGGCCUCCAGUGAUGCCUGGAGGGUGGCCAAGAGCCCUUUGCUGCCCCGCGUUUCCAGGACUCAUGCCUCCUGCUGAGGAAAGCCUGAUACACGGCGGAGCACGGGCCAAGGUGGGGCUGUGGCCACUCCCUUUCCCACAGAACCAUGUGUCCUGGGCCGUGGCCAGUGGCCGGCCCUGAGGCGAGGAGGGCACUUCCUGCCCGACGCUGAGGGUGCAGACAUGCCCUGGGGCCGCCAGCCUCUGCCUGGACUUGCUCCAGCUGGGGUUUGGUUCUGCACGGGCUCCCCUCCUCUGCUGUGAGCACUGUUUCAGAGGCUGUGCCUCAGGUGCGUGAGUGACCACGUGAGUGC